AUGGGCGCACCCGGCGACGGCGCCGACCCUUGGUGGAAGGACGCCGUCGUCUACCAAAUCUACCCAGCCAGCUUCCGCGACUCCAACGGUGACGGGCUGGGCGACAUCGCGGGCAUCACCUCGCGGCUGGACCACAUCCGCGACCUCGGCGCCACGGCCAUCUGGCUGUCGCCCAUCUUCGCCAGCCCGCAAAAGGACAUGGGCUACGACGUGUCCGACUACCGCGCCAUCCACCCGCCCUACGGCAGCCUCGCCGACGCCGAGACGCUCAUCAAGGAGUGCCACGCCCGCGGCCUGCGCGUCCUGCUCGACCUCGUCGUCAACCACACCAGCGACCAGCACGCCUGGUUCCGCGAGUCGCGCGCCUCCCGCGACAGCCCCAAGCGCGACUGGUACUUCUGGCGCGACGCCCGCGAGGGCCCCAACGGCGAGCGCCGCCCGCCAAACAACUGGGCGUCCAUCUUUGGCGGCAGCGCGUGGACCUGGGACGAGGGCUCGCAGCAGUACUACCUCAGCCUGUUCCUCCCCUCGCAGCCGGACCUCAACUGGGCCAACGCCGACAUGCGCGACGAGGCCUACGCCGACAUGGAGUUUUGGUUCGACCGCGGGGCCGACGGCUUCCGCAUCGACUCCAUGAACCUCAUGUCCAAGCACCCGGACCUGCCGGACGCGGCCGUCACGGACCCCGGCGCCGAGUACCAGUCGGGCGCGGAGUGGUUCGCCAGCGGGCCGCGCAUGCACGAGUACCUACAGGAGAUGCGCGCGCGCGUCUUCGACAAGUACGCCGACAACGGGCGCGGCGGGGUCAUGACGGUGGGCGAGCUGGGCUUCACCAAGGACGAGGCCAGCGUGGCGUCGUACGUCGCCGCCGCGCGGCACGAGCUCAACAUGGUCUUCACGGGCGACAUCGUCGACAUGGACUUUGGCGCGGCGCACAAGUACGGCGACGGCCGGCCGUUCCGCGUCGAGACGUUGCGGAACAUCACGUCGCUCUGGCAGGGCGCCAUGCCGCGCUGCGACGGCUGGAACGCCGUCUACAUGGACAACCACGACUCCGGGCGCAGCCUGUCGCGGUACGGCAGCGACGACCCGCGGUUCCGCGCCCACGCCGCCAAGAUGCUCGCCACGUACCUGACGACGCUGAGCGGCACGCUGUUCCUGCUGCAGGGCCAGGAGAUCGGCAUGGCCAACGCGCCGGCGUCGUGGGGCGUCGAGGAUUACAUCGACGUCGAGGCGAGCAACUACUACAAGAGCGUGCUGGCGCAGCGCGGCGAGGGCGCGGAUAUGAGCGACGUGCUCGCGCAGAUGCGCCUCAAGGCGCGCGACAACGGCCGUCUGCCCAUGCAGUGGACGGCGGACCGCCACGGCGGCUUCACCGACGCGGACAAGCCGUGGAUGCGCGUCAACGACGACUACCCGGAGUGGAACGUGGCCGCGCAGGAGGGCAAGCCCGACAGCGUGCUCGCGUACUGGCGCGAGGCGCUGGCGGUGCGGAAGCGCGAGCGCGACGUCUUCGUCCACGGCCUGUACGAGAUGCUGCCCGUGGAGCGCAGCGGCGAGGACGUCUUUGCGUAUACCAUGACGAGCCGCGACGGCGCAAAGAAGGCGCUCGUGCUGCUCAAUUUUUCCGACGGAGAGAGGGCGUUUGCCGGCGAGGGGUUCGAGGGCUGGGGCAAGGUCAUAGGCGCUGAGGCCAGGGAGCCUCUGACGGAUAAGGGGGUGACACUGAAGCCCUACGAGGGCAUCGUCUACGGCAACUGGGUGUCGUAG